UCAAGAUCUAGAACUCCAAAAUUAAGACAAACAAAACCAAAACCUUUGAUAAAUUAAAACAAAUCUGAGAAAAGAAGAUCACACAAGCGGAUAAAAAUACAAGAAUCUCCUUAACCACAAAUUUAAACCGAAUGAAGAUGCCGUGCGUCCCUCUUUAUGAUGCUCCGAUGAGAAGCUUCAGAGGCGGUGAGACAGAUCCAAAACCAAGAGACAUAGGAGAAAGGAGAUCUAGAUCGACGAUGGUGAGAUUCUUCAUCUGAGGCAGAAAAGAACCGGUUGACGGCUGCCUCUGCCGUGAAAGGGAACGGCCAGAUCUGUAGCUGGGCUUGACGGAGAACAUAGACAAGCAGCGGGAACCCUAAAGGCGAUAAGGUUUUAAGUUUCAUAAUCUAGAUCUGAGAAAACCAGAUCUGAUGCCGUUGGAAGAAAACAAAGACAUGGAUGAGCCGAAAAUUAAGAUGAAACAAAACAAAGCUAAAAGAAGAGAAACCCAGCUCCGGUGCUAAAGAAGCCACCGGAGCCGGUUUGACCUAGGCGGCGGCUGGUGUGUUUUUAGAGAGAAGGGAGAGCG